AUGAGAAAAGCACGCAGCUGUACACACAUAUGCCGGACGGGGGUUUGGAGGAAAUUGGGGGAAGAGCCUAAGCUCAAGGGCCGCAACACAGACAAAAGUCGAGCCCUCGAGUCUGGGAGUCUGGAAGAAAAAAAAGGGGAUUUAGCAGAAGACAUUCCGCUUGGGAAAAUGGCACCGCUGUGCACAUCGUAUUAA